UGUUCCGCGUAUGAUAAUAAUCACAAACAAACCAAACUAGUACCAUAGACAUAGCCGUCGCCCAGAAAUGGAUUCAGAUUCUUACUUGUCUUUCUUGGAGAAAGCUCCUUCGCUAGAUGAACUAACGGAGCAUAUUAACGUUGGUACUAGUUGGUACAUUUUAGGUAUAAUGUUAAAACUAGAUCAGAAGAAAUUAGAAAGCAUUGAAAAGAAUCCUCAGAAUGAUGAUGUCAAGGCUACCAAAAUGUUUGGUUUAUGGCUGUCUGGUAGCUCUGCUGAACCAAACAGAAGAAGUAUUCUGGAAGCUCUGAGAAAAAGGGUCGUGGGAGAAGCCAGAAUUGCUGAUGAGUAUGAGAAAAAUUUAAAACAGAUGUAUGCUGAAUGCCACACAUUCCGCCCAAGCUCUUCAGAGCAGUCUACCAUAAUGACCAAAAAGGAUUCACCUGCUGAGCCUAAGGAUUUUGGGAAACAUGAAAAGAUAAAACCAGACCUUAACUCUCAACCAGAAAUGAUUAAUAAAGAAGCAGCAGAAAUUGCAAAAUUGAAGGCCAUCAUCAAGGAAAAGGAGAAACAAUUAACAGAUGCCAAAAAGGAGAUAGAAAUUUUGAGAAAACAAGCCCAAGAAAGAAUGUCACCACUAGGACAUAAUUCAUCAUCAGAGUCAUCCUUAAGUUCACAAAAUUCUGAUCAAGAAGGACUAGAGGAAACUGGAGAGUUGUUAGACCUACAGCGGCAGACUUGGCUAACAUCACCAACUUUUGAAGAGUGCGAAAAAGCAGUCUCAAAUUUGAAUGAACAUUGUAAAAGUAUUGUGUUAAGACUAUCAUCUCCUGAAAUUGUUUGCCUCCUUUUGCAACCAAUAUUAAGAAAAGAAUCAAUCAAGGAGUUUCACAUUAUUUCUACUCCAUUAAAAUGUGAUACCAUUAAACAGUUUUCUCUACUAUCAAGUCACAAUUCGCUCCAAUGGCUGCGUUUAACUUCUAAUUCAGUUGGUGAUCUGGAAGUUGUAGAACUUGUACAGUUGAUUAAACACGAUACAACAUUGACACACUUAUCACUGUCUGAAAACCCUGACAUUACCUCAGCUAGUGCUCCAUCAGUUUCUGACCUCAUUGUCACAAACCGUACUCUCAUAUACCUUUCACUUCGAAGUACUAAUAUAUGUCAUGAAGGAAUAGCUACACUGAUGGAUGCACUUAAAUAUAACAAAACACUGAAGGAACUUAAAGUGGACCAAAAACACAAAAGUACUUGUUCUUCAAUGUCUUUUUAUCGGAGGUUGUCUUUUUGUCCAUUUUAGUCAUAUUUAUUAAGAUCUAACACAUUUGUUACUGCCUAA